GAACGUCAACCAACUAUAAGCCCAAAAUAACCGUUUGCAAAUAGUGGUCGCCGGUUAUCUUUAUGGUAAAGUAGUUACUCCGUACCGUCAGCAGAAAGGGGGCCGCCUUGAUGCCUAACAGGCUCCCUCACACUCGCUGCCACAUAAAUUACUCUCCUUGUCCGAAUAAUCAAUGUGAGAGGAGUCAGCGUCAUCGCCGGCGCAAAUUUCAUGAGCCUCAUCUCCGAGAUUGAAAAUAGCAACCAGCUGGGAUGGUACAAAAGCACGGGGGAGCCCCAUCCUGCUUCUGAUGAAAGCAAAAUCGAUGAGCCAGAUUCCACUCAAAGUCACAAUGGCAAACAGCCCUAAUAUUCCAAACCGUGAAGCAGUUCGACGAGCGUUAGAGUCAGCCAGAAACAGCGAAGAUGGCCAGAUAGAUCCCAGGGUGAGCGCUAUCCUUGAAACAGCUAUCGGUGAGCUUUGGCGGAAAUUACAAUCACAGCCUGAUACGUAUGUAUUGAGUCGCGACGAGUUUGCACUCUUCAACUAUUUCCGGGACCGAUUUCGCGAUUCCCCAAUAGCUCAACGUGCGGUGGAGCGGUUUUGGAACAAUUUCCGAGGGGCACCCUCUGAUAUUGACGAAUUUAUCUUGUGUGGUGGGCGCUAAUAACCCGUUAUUGGGUGUUGCCGAUGGCCUCUGGGACGUAACUACGUUCUCCAUUCCGAUCUGAACAGUCGCUUUCACCGACGUCCGUAAACGCACUUUUGGUUCAUAUGAAAGAGGGCAAUACGAGAUCCCAGCUCUCCGGCUCCAAAUAUAUCAGUUCUGCUCCGA